AUGACUUCUAUUGAUGCUCAAUUCUCUUCAAUUAUUGACACUUUCAAAAAUAAAAUAGAACAUUCAUCAUCACGACAAGAUUCAAGUGGCUUUCAGGAAAUCGUAACCAAAAAUAUACAAAGUUUAUUGGAAUUGAAGUCAAAAAUAUACAAUGAUCUUUCCCUUUUCAGCUCUAAUGAAUCGUUAGAAGACUUAUCCACGAAAUCUAUUAAGUACCUUUCAAUAGACUAUUAUUUGGCAUUAAUGUUUUCCAGAAAACAAAACAUAACCUCGAAGGAUCCGAACUCAAGAAAUAAAUUUAAGUUGGCAUUUUUACAAAAAUCAGUGCAGUUAUUUGUACAGUUUUUAGUAUCAUUACAAGACUAUGGAAUUUUAGACCCUAUAUUAUCAAAAAAAAUUGAUUCUUUCAAUGAAACUUAUAAUCCAAAUUUGAAUGACUUAUAUCAAACAUCAUCGGCUGAUAAAGAUCCAGAAUUGUCAAAUGCUUAUUCAAAAAGAGAACAGAAAAUCGAAUUUUAUAAAAAUAGUAAGACUAUAGAAGAGCAGUUAAACUUCCUGGAAUCUAACAGCAAUAAUGAUGAUGAAGCAUUAAGAAAAUUAAGCACUUUAAAGCUGAGCAUAUUGAGCUAUCAAUCAUUUAAUGAAAUAGAACAAAUACUUUAUGAAGUAGAACUACUUCAAAACUUUUCAAAAUUCGAACAAUCUAAUACAAGGGAAAGAAAGGAAGAAAUUCCAAGUAGCACAGAGUAUACGGACAGGCUAGAAACCUUGAAUAUGCCAUUGCUUUCCAAAAAUGGUAAAAUUUUAAGGAAUUUUACCCUGGUUGAUAGGAAAGCUUCUUUACAAAAUAAAGUGAGAGGAUAUGGCCAGUAUGGCCCAACAAUGUCGGUAGAAGAAUUUUUAGAAAAAGAAUGGGAGUCAGGAAGAGUAUUACAGGGAGGACCAGAAGAUAUAGAUAAGGACAACGAAAAGGAUGAAGAUAAUUAUGAUUGGAAUGAUAAGGAAACUUAUAAAGCAAGAGAAUGGGACGAAUUUAAAGAAAAUAACCCAAGGGGAAGCGGUAAUACAACUAACAGGGGUUAA